AUGGUCGAAAAGCCGUUAAAUACUUCGGGGAAAGAACAUGACAUCUGGUCUCUCGGGCAGGUAAAGGAAUGGCUUCAGGCUGCACAGUGA